CCCUUUCUCUCAACAAAUCUAGAGUUUUGUUCUUUGCCGGAUCUCACCUUGCUGAGACAGCGAUCUUAUCCUCGCGAAAGAUCCAAUUUUGAGCGUUUCCACAAGUUAAUUGUAGACACUGAUGAUGAACCUUCCGGAGGUGGCUUUGGACGUAACAUAGCUUUCGGGCGAAAGGGCUGAGGUUCCUUCAUCGAUGAAUGACAAUUGCCUUUUGAUUUCGAGUAAUGCGCUAGUUCCAGGUUGUUUUGUGAACUAAGUUGAUAGCGUCUAAUGGUGCUUAAAUUGUGGAAUUUUUAUAACCCAUCGGAAUAGACUGGUGCUGUACCUGAUUUGUUAUGGCAUUUCGAACUGUUGAGACUGCUGCAAUACAUGUGUAGCUGGAACUUUUCUUAAAGGAAUUGUGUGAUCUCACUUUCUUGAUAACAUAUAGUGACUAAGACCUUUUGUUUUUUCCGUCUUAGAUGAUUUUACCUUCUGGAGAAUAUUCAUCAACUUAUUUUGGUGCCAUAUAGGGCAAAUUCAAGAGCAAUUUCGUUUUUGUAUAUUUCUUUUACUUCAAAGUUCGGGAAAAUGCGGGAGUGAUGGCAGCUGCAGAAGCAAGGGCUGCUUGGCAACGUACUGCUAAUCGUUGCCUAGUACAGGAGGAUGCAAAGAGAGCUCCAAAACUGGCCUGCUGCCCGUCAUCAUCUACAGAGCAUCAAGAAACAACCAAUGAAAAUGCUGCAAACACACAAGAUCAUCCCAUCCCCAGUCUUAUGCCUUUGAACUGGAACCCCACAAACUCUAAUCUGCCCCCCGACACAAAAUGGUGGCUCCAAUUGCAGCCCAAUUUUGGGUAUCAGCAGGAUUUUAUAGUCAAACAGACGAAUUUAUUAGAAAACAAGCCCGAUGAGAAGAAAAUGGAACCUGUGGAUAGUGAUUCUAGAAGCACAGAGACCUUUCUUGAUACCCCAUGGAUGGUUUCAACUGCUUUUAUGAAGCAUACUUCUGAGAUUGUUGAUCCUUUAACUUCUAAGAAAACAGAGAGGGUUUCUAUGGAUGUGGAUGCACCUUGGGUGGGAGGAGGUAACAAGUGCCAACCUUGGUGGCGAAUUACUGACCAGGAUGAGUUGGCCUCAUUAGUUGCCCAAAAAUCAAUGGAGCAUAUUGAGAACUGUGAUCUCCCAAGACCCACCCAAACUAUGCAUGUUAGAAGGGAUCCAUUGUCUGGUUUUGAGAGUAUGGAUGAUGCUGUGUUAUUCUCAUCAUCCUCUGGUCAGAAAUCAAAUUCUGGGUUAAGUGAUCCCAUUGAUUAUGUACAGGAUAGUUAUAGUUCUGGAAGUUGGUCUUCUGGCGGAGGGGCUAAGCUCUUUGACGACAAGGAGAAACUGCACAGUGGUACACGAAGUUAUGGCACAAGCCGAAAUGAUCCAACGGAAAGUAAAACUCCCGGUCAGAGCGACCCAAGCCGAGCCGAGUUAUUAGAAGCACUCCGCCACUCUCAGACCCGUGCCAGGAAAGCCGAAAUGGCUGCCCAAAAAGCAUACAAUGAGAAGGACCAUAUAGUGAAACUCUUAUUUAAACAGGCUUCUCAUCUUUUUGCCUACAAGCAGUGGCUACAAAUGUUGCAGCUAGAGAGCCUGUGUCUCCAGCUCAAGAUCAAAGAUAAUCAGAUCGCGACUCUUUUCCCUAUUCUUCCCUGGAUGCCAUUGAAGGAGAAACCAUCAAACGAUAAAGACAACAGCAACCCUAACAGGAGGAGGGGUAAGAAAAAGAAGAAUAAGAAGUGCAACUUCUGCAGAUAUGCAGUAGUAUUUGCUGUUGGAUUGAGUCUUGCCGGUGCGGGAAUACUUCUGGGUUGGACUCUUGGCUGCUUGAUACCCCAGCGCUGAAUAUUGCGGUGUGAAAGCUUACAAAUGUUUGGGUUCAGUGAAUGUAAGCUUACAAAUGUUUGGGGUCUGUGAUGAGCUAGGUCAUAUGUUGCUUCUUUUUUUCAACUCAGGUAUUCAACUUUUAAUGUAUAUAUGGGAAAAAGUUUGUGUGCAUAGUACUGUCUCUACUGCUUCCUGUUUCUGUGCUACUGUUGUACAUAUAGGCUGAUGAAAUUUGUGUUAAAGUAGGGAGUGAGGAUUGGAUUUUACACCUGCCUCACACAAACUAUAGUAUUUCAUUAUUAUUAUUAUUAUUGUUAUUAUUAUUAUUAUUAUUA